CGUUCGUCUCUGCACGGCAUCGGUCUUUUCUCGUCGCGACACCCUGCCGCUUCCGGGGCUGGUCCAACACCUCUACAUGGGCUGUUGGCGAUUCACCAUUCGUGCGCAGUUGUCAACACCUCCGUCGAGUGUGCACAAAGUCAACCCCUGCGUUCACUCCCUCCUCCCGCGGUGCGCCGGGCCGUUGAUCACCAACUAGCACCGCGGUGACCAACCGCGAUCUGAUCCAAGGCGGCCGAGUCCGAGACACGCAGGUUUCCAGUCGUUCACCAUGUCUUCCUCCAACACCCAGUCGUCGCCUGAGAUCGCUCGGAAGGCCGUUCCGAGCGGCUCGACCUCCUCUUACACGUCGCCGACGAGUACAACAGAUACCGCACCGACCGUGACCACGGGUACCGCCAGGACCAGCACCAGCGAGGACUCCAAGUCAUCAUCCCCCUUCGAGUCCACUACCGGGUCGACAGCUCGGUCCCUGUCGCCCAUCGAACAGAGCUCGCCUCUCUUCGAUAUCGGCCCUUUGACAUCCAGCCCUCCAAGGGAAGACGAACCUCGCAAGGCGCCGGCGGUGCCUACCUCUCCGCCUCCGGCCCCGCCCGCAGUGCUCACCAACGUCCGCACACCAUCGCGCAUCCCCACCCUCACGUCGACCGAGGCGACGCCCCCGGACAGGACCCGGGCCGACAGGAGCCCGUCACCCGAGGGUCCCCCCUCGAUGGCCAAGCCGCAGCCGAACCGGCUUCAGCCUCGGCAUCUGUCUCCGAAUCCGAACGCCCGCGGGCGCAGCGUCUCUGCCCAGCCCCCGGCCAGCCGCGAGGUCGAGGCCGACGGCUCGCGGGCGGUGUCCAACCCGCUCGAGAGCCGGUCUCUAUCUAAACCUUCGAGCGAGGGCAGCCCGCCGGCCGCUCCCGACAAGCGCAAGAGGAAGAGCUGGUUUCCGGGCGUUCGGUUGCGGGCGAACUCGGACUCGAGCAAGCCAAAGAUCCCCAGGGCCUGGGUCAUGUCGCCGGAUAACCAAGUCGACUACAACACGGCACCUCUGGUUAACGGAGAGAAGGUCCCUGAGUUGUGGAACGAGGCCGGCAACGUUCUCGUCUACUUGCACCCCAAGGAGAGCAACCGCGGACCGUGCUUCAAGGUGCCGGAUCAUGUCUUCAGCUCGUCGGCCAGGCUGGUCGAGCUCUUGGUGACCGAGAUGAUGGCAGCCACGUCGACGUCCCAAGGUGCCGGGUACUUCGACGUCGCGCCGGUCGAGGGUCCCGUGACGGAAGGUCACCUGUACCUUCCCCUCGGCAACACCGAUCUCGAGCGCCUCGUCGCGGCCCGGAACCUGUUCGCGCUCCUGACGCACCAGCCCCUCGUCGGCACCACCGAGAACGGGACCCUGUUCGCUGCCGUCCUCCAAGUGGCCGGCCUGCUCCGGCGCUUCAACUUCUCCAGCUUCGACGGCUCCUCCUUUGGCGAACCGGUCGACACCGCCUUCGACUUCUUCAUGGACCGCACCGGCAUCGCCGAUCUGCGCCGCAGCCGGGAGAAGACCCUCGAGGCGCUCAUCUUGGCCGAGCAGAUGAAGUCGUGGAACCUGUACAACGAGGCCUUUGCGCACGCGGUGGGCAAGUACGAGUCGAUCCUCGAGCUCAAGUCGCCCCUUUACGAGCGCAUCUCGGUCAGCACCCGCCAGCGCCUGGACCGCGCCCACCUGGACCUGGUCAACCGCCUGGCCGGCGUCAACGCCCGGCUCGAGGCGUUCGAGUUCCCCUCGCUCUUUGCCGGCACCGCCAGCUCGACCUCGACCGAGGAGUACAAGAACGUCAAGUUCAAGGAAUGGCGCAACUCGUUCUCCAAGAUGAGGAACUUCGUCCUCGGCUACUACAAGGGCCUCUUCGGCAACUGGCCGCCCCGGGCCCGCAGCAAGAAGAACUACUUCUCGCAGAGCGGGCUGAACCGGGAGUGCCUGAAGAUCCUCUACUCGGACUGUUGCGCCCUGUACGACCUCCUGGUGGACCGCCAGUCCAUGACGCCCCGCGUCAUCGGGGAGGGGUACGAGGAGCCCGAGGAAGACAAGAAGGACAAGAAGGAAAAGAAGGCCGAGGACGCCUCCAUCUCCGCCCUCCGCAAGAUCCUCAGCGAGUUCGACAAGUCCUCGCCCCCUGUCCUGCCCCCGAUCCCCUUCGACGUCCCAAAGCUCCCCAGCAUGACGGCCAUCUACGAGAACUUCCACGAGCUGCCCGCCAAGAAGCAGGCCAAGUACAGCAAGGCCCUGCAGCCGCACGAGCUCCAGCUGAUGCUCAUCAAGUCGCGGAACAUCGACACGGAAACCCUCAGCAUGCCCUUCCUCCUUGCCUACAAAGACUUUGAGCUGCGGGAGGCCAAGGGCGUCAACCCAGCCGACCUGCCGGACCAGCGCAUCGGCUACUGGCUCUUCCUCUACGUCGUCCUGCAGUCCCUCCCCAUGCUGGUCGUCGACGCCCCUGGGCUGCGCUACACCGAGGGUGUCGAGUACUUCCUCUGUGAAGCCCCGCAGGGGAACCCCCCAUGGACGGACGAGGCGGGCCAGACCCGCAAGAUGUGGUUCCAGACGGGCAACUCCAACGUCGUCGAACUCUCCGCCGACGUCGUCAUGUUCUCGGUCGAGGGCACCUACAUGCGGUCGCACUGCUGGCUCGCAGCCAAAGAGUGGGACGCCGCAUCCUCCUCGGGGGCACCACCCGUCGGUGCCCCUCCGCUCGCCGCGUUCCGCGACAUGAACCCUUCCGGCGCCUCCCCUCCCUCCCGGCCACCUUCAUCCUCCUCGUCGACAAACGGCAACACCAGCGCCCGGACGACCCACCAACAACAGCAGCAAUACCAUCACCACUACAGCAGCACCAACAGCGGGAACUCGUCGCCGCAUCUCCGCCCCCGCGCGGGGUCGAUGACGACCAACGACCGCGCCCGCCAGGCAUUCCGCGCCAGCAUGGCGAUCGGGCUGGAGCCGCUGCCCAUGCCGGCCGCGCCGCCCGGCUUCGAGCGGGGCUCGAGGGUGAUGAGUAUCGGGUCCCUGUCCAGCGGCGGCGGCGGGAGCGCCGGGCGGUUGAGUCCCGCGUUCGGAAGUCCCGCGUUCGGAAGUCCCGCGUUCGCAAGUCCCGGUCCUGCUGCUGGUGGUGGGGAGAUGUACCAGCUCGGGCUGAGGGCCAGCCGGUCGGCCGCCAACCUCGGCCAGCUGGCGGGGCCCGCGGGCGCCGGCGCCGGCGGCAUCAGCAGCCAGCUGAGGAAGUCGAGCUACGGCGGUCUCGGACCGUCGAACCUCGGACCGGGCGGCGGCGGCGGCGAAGGCGGCGGCCCCGGCGGGAACGAGCCACUCGCCAAGGGGAGCACGUUUGAAGACAUUUUAAAGGGCAUGGACGGGAAGGAGAAGAAGAAGAAGAAGCUGUUUUUCUGAUCAAGCCAGCCAGCGUGUGUAGGGCGGUUGCGGGAUGCGGUUUCUUGGUAAAAAAAAAAAAAAACCAUCUUGGUCAGGCCUGCCUUUUUUUUAAAAAAAAUUUUUUUCUCUUUUGGCUUUCAUCCGCGAGGCAUCUGUAUAGAUGAUACCCCUAAUUUUAUUCCAUAGCCUUUUUGUCCGUCUCGCUCUGCAACUUGAUCCUGCUCGUUCUUAGCAUCCGGAGAACAGACAAAUAAGGCAAGCACUAGAAAAGAGAUGGAUGC